AUGCACAUUGAGAUCUCACAAGCUAUUGACUUUCUUGGGCGACUUUUACAAGCGCGAUUGGAGGAGGAAAAACUCUCCCUUCUCAAGCACGAAUUGGCAGGGAUCCUCAAAGUACGGUUUGCCAAUCAUUGGGAUCCACAGCAACCUUCUCGAGGCAAUGGGUUUCGGUCUAUUUCGAAUCUCAAUGGACAACUUGAUCCUGUUCUUGCCUAUGCUGCCAAAAAAGCAGGUGUAUCAGCCCAAGUGAUCCAUAUGGGUCUCCCUCGAGAUUUCGUACUAUGGAUUGAUCCAUUUUCAGUCGCUUAUCGAGUAAGCGAUCACGGCAAUAUUAUGACACUUUAUGAAGAUCGAUCUAGAGGACGCAUCACUCUCAAGGUGGAUCCAAAUACUUUGCCAAAGAGUCCUGCAUUGAGCCCACAUUUACGAGCAACGUCGUCAUCGGCUGUACGCAUCUCACCACCAUCAAGCCCUCACAACAUGCAACGUAUAGCCACUCCAUCAUCAUUAUCAUCUUCACCACUCGCACGACAUGCUAGAAAACAAGAAGAUCAAGCUGUGAUGGCAAAUUAA